CUAAAAUUUAUAAACAUUUGGACAAUAACAGCCCAGAUAUGGAUUACGUUCGUUCUAUUUUGGAUUGUUUAGCUUCGCUAUGCAGUUGCUGGCAAUGCACAGAUGACUUGGGGACUCAAGGAAUAGAACCAAGCGAAAGAACACAUCUUCUGGCAGACUCAGUUAAUCAAAGUCCAGCACUACGGAGGAGUAAUUCAGCUGACUUAAGUAAUGAUUAUUCCCAAUCGUUGCCAAAGAAGGACGAUCAAAAUGCAUUGUCUAGAUUGGUGCAAAACACCGCCAUAAAUAUGAUCAAUGUGGGUGCUAUGGACUCCCACACCUUAGAGCAUCAAGAGUAUACGGAUAGAAUAAAAUUGUACUCCCAACGGCUUCAGCAACAGUGGAAUAAUGUACAACAUCCCAGCGUGGUAAUGAAAGGCCUCUUGAAAGAUGUUCCCAAUCAUCAGUCGUGCGUAUCAAAGCCCAUUUACUCUGAUGAUACAGCCCAGAUGAAAAUGUUUAUGGAAAAAUCGCAUGCUGGAGUUUCAGGGAUACAGAUUGAUCACAGGGAAGCUGUUGUUGUUCCAUUUCAUAUUCCGUAAAAAGCCAUAGCAACAUAUAAUGUUAAAUAUACAAAUAUAAAUAUAAUUAUUACACCAUCAAAUUUGAUUGUGAUAAAAUCAUUGCUAUACACAUUAAACUGUAUUAUACUACUUCAAACUACGACCGAAGCAGUUGUCUGAAGAAAAGGUCUAACAUUUAAAAAUCAAAAUAAACUGAUUCGUAUAAUUUGUGUAAAUUGUGAGCGGUUUGUUAAAAUGAAUAAUAAAAAAAAAUUUCUAAUUGUCA